GGCGGCGCCGUGGAGGAGGGCGGCGCCAUGGAGGAGGACGGCGCCGUGGAGGAGGAGGCGGCGGCGCUGGCCGCUGUUUUCUGCCGGCCGGACGAGUGCCGGCUGCUCGGACGCUCAGAGACGGAGGGGACCACGUUGAGAAUUCUUACGAGCGCCAGAGGACCUCUGGAUGAAGAACUGCAGUUACAGCUGACGUUCCACUUACCGGUUCAUUACCCGUCCCGCCUCCCCGGCAUCUCGGUGAACUCAGAGCACCUCACGAGGGCCCAGUGUUCCGAGGUCAAAGAGCAGCUCCUCGAGCAAGCCGAGAAGCUCUUGUCCAGGCCUAUGGUUCACGAGCUGGUCCUCUGGAUCCAGGAGAAUCUCAAGCACGUCGUCAAGCGCCCGGAAGCCGCAGGGGGCCGCGCGGAGCGCCCUUCGCCGACAGACGCGACCGCCGAUCCCCAGCCGUCCGUCGUCCUCUUGCGUUUGGAUCAUAUGCGGGCCAAGGCGAAAUACGUCAAGAUGGUGGAAAAGUGGGCUUCGGAUUUAAGGCUGACUGGGAGACUCAUGUUUCUGGGGAAGACCAUACUGAUUCUUCUACAGGGAGAUAAGAACAGCAUCAAGGUGCCAAAAAGACUGAACCCAGCCUCGAGUCGAGUAUAUGAUACUUCAGAAAACCACCAAAGUGGAUGUGGACUCGAGCGGAAAGAAAUGCAAAGAGAAAAUGAUCAGUGUACUGUUUGAAACAAAAGCACAGGCAGAACACAGAAGGUUUCUGGCAUUUGAAGUCAAAGAAUAUUCAACGGUGGAUGAACUACAGAAAGAAUUUGAAGCCGCGGGACUAAAGGAGCUUUUCUCUGGAUUUGUACUUGGGCUGGUAAAAUAAAAUUGAAAGAAAACACUGGAGCCAUUCAGCGAAACAGCAGUCGAUUGUAUUGGACUCCGGGAACAUUGAACUGAAAUAUUUUUUGAGUGUCACUUUAAAACUACUCUGCCAAAAUGUCCAAAGUUACCAUCUUAACUUAAGGGACGGAAAGCGAUUCGCGUUUUUUGGAAAGAAAAGAAUGAUGGCUUUGACUGCUUUGACAAUAUUUCCCGGGAAAACACGAGGAUAAAAGUUGAUAUUUGAAAGUCGAAUACGAAAAGAUGGUGGGAAGGCUCUUUUCAGUAAGGUUUGGUUGGAAGUGUGUACGUCUCUGGUGAGCUAUUUGUGAAUAAACUGAUUAUUUUUUUCAUAUA